UCGGAGAUGGACUUAGGGAAGGGAAGUAAAUCACGGCACAAGAAAGAGAAAAAGAAACAUAGCCCUGGCGAGCACAAGCGUCGAAGAACAAGGUCCAUUCCAAAUGAUGAUGGCGAAAAAAUGGCGCGCAAGAGAGAUUAUGCGACGGCUUUACAAAAGCGCAAACAAAAAGCUCAAGUUGCACGGGAAAAAGAAGACGAAGAGAAUACCCAACGAACAGAACUUAAAAAAUCGGGGCUUCAAGAAAAGGAACGAUUGAAUCAACUUUUCGCAAUUUACUCGGCACAACAAGGGAGUGCAUACAGAAGACCAGCUAGGGUGGUAAAACCGAUAUUUCCAAAUCUACCGAAAAGCAGCCCAAACAGAAACCGCAAGAUACCAAGCAAUAUAGAAGGCGGGUUUUUACCAAAUAUCUUGUCUACCGGAAAGGCAGAGACCAGAGGGAACUCGCUCAAGUAGGAACUAUCUUAUACCCUAGAAUGAAUCCAAGUAAAUAUGCAACAGCAAAUGGAUGGUAGAUAAUACUUGUGUAUAUAAAUUUGAGAGACUUGUCUGUAAAUAUUUUGUCUAUUCGUUUAAGAAAAGAGUUGAACUUUG